AUGGGCACCACUUUUCAACAGUCAGCAUUUACGCUGGUUUACGAUCCUAGCCCGAGUUUUGUCGGGUACACUAAUGCGGAGUUGCAAAAAUCGCUUGAAAAGGGUUCUGAUGAAGAAAAGGUUAGUACCAUGAAAAGAAUGCUUGUCAUGAUGCUCGACGGUAACCCCUUACCAGAUAUGUUAAUGCACGUAAUUCGCUUUGUGAUGCCUUCGAAAAACAAACAGUUGAAGAAGCUGCUUUAUUUCUACUGGGAGAUUGUCCCAAAAUUGGAUGCCGAGGGUAAGCUCAAACAAGAAAUGAUUUUAGUUUGCAACGCGAUCCAGCACGAUCUUCAACACCCCAACGAGUACAUUCGUGGGAAUACUUUGCGUUUUUUGACAAAACUACGUGAGGCUGAUUUGCUCGAGCAAAUGGUCCCCGCUGUCCGUCAAUGCCUUGAGUACCGUCAUGCGUAUAUUCGCAAGUAUGCAAUUCUGGCCGUCUACUCGAUCUACAAAGUUAGCGAACACUUAAUUCCCGACGCAUGCGAUAUCAUCAAUUCGUUUUUGGUGGCGGAAACUGAUCCGAUUUGCAAGAGAAAUGCAUUUUUGGGGUUGGCGGAACUUGACAGAGAGUCCGCACUCAGCUACUUGCAAGACAACCUUGCAUCUAUUGAAAGUCUUGACUCACUUCUCCAGGGUGCCUUCAUUGACUUUAUUCGCAAGGAUGCCAUCCAGACACCAUCUCUUAAGCCUCAAUAUGUGGACUUAUUGCAGGAUUUGCUUGCCGCAACUACAUCUCAUGAAGUGAUCUUCGAAGCGUCUUUGGCUUUGACAGUAUUAACCAAUGACCCCGAAGAGUUACGCCAAGUGGCUUCGAAACUCAUCGACGUCGCCGUGAAGGAAUCGGAUAACAAUACCAAAUUAAUCGUACUUGAAAGAAUUCAGGAUGUGCAUAAAAGAGCUCCUGGAUAUUUGGAAGAUCUAGCCUUGGACAUCUUGCGAGUAUUGAGUGCUCAAGAUUUGGAUGUUAGAUCUAGAGCCUUGGAUAUUGCACUAGAGUUGGUGUCAUCAAGAAAUGUAGAUGACGUUAUAAAGCUUCUCAAGAAAGAAUUGCAGAUAACGAUUACAAAUGCCCACAACGAUGAAAAGUCCACUGAUUAUAGACAAAUUCUUAUUGAGAAUAUUCAUAAGGUUGCAAUUAGAUUCGUGGAGGUUUCAGCAGAUGUUGUGUCACUCUUCUUAGAGUUUGUUGGUAACUUGAGCUCUAGCGCUGCGAGCGGCGUUAUCUCGUUCAUUAAAGAAGUGAUUGAAAAAUACCCUCAACUAAGGAAGGAAAUUUUACAGCAUUUGAUCGGUGCUCUUCCCUAUAUAUCUUCAGCCAAAGCUUACCGAGGAGCUCUGUGGAUUUUGGGAGAGUAUUCGUUAGAUGCUAAUGAUGUCCAGAGCUCUUGGAAGCACAUUCGCAGUAGCAUAGGCGAACUGCCCAUUGUACAGUCAGAAUCCAAGGAGCGUGAAGGUGAAUCGGAAGCAGACGACGUGGCUACGGAGGGACCCACCCCAGCCGGACCUGUCGUUUUGCCAGACGGGACGUACGCGACAGAAUCUGCUUUUUCGUCUGCACCAGUCACCUUGACCAACGAAGAAAAAGAAUCCAAGCCAGCUCUUCGCCGCUUUGUUCUCAGUGGUGACUUUUACACUGCUUCAGUUUUGGCAACAACUAUUGUGAAAUGCGUUUUAAGAUUCGAAAAGGCCUCUAGCGACAGUUCUGUCCUAAAUGCGCUAAAAGCGGAGGCUAUGUUAAUUCUUGUCAGCAUCUUAAGAGCAGGUCAAAGCUCUUUGGUCGAAAAGAAAAUAGAUGAGGACAGCUCCGAAAGAAUUUUAAUUUCAUUGUCGAUUUUAAUGGAUGAUCAGGCUUCUGAGCAUGCCGAUAGUCGAAAGCUUUUGGAAAUGGCUUAUUUGGAAGCCACAAAAAAUUCGUUUGAAUCAAAGAUUGCCAGCGCCAAGCGCGAGUCUGCCAAAAAGUCUGCAUCUGCUCUGGCUAACAACGCUGAACCAAUUGACAAAGCGAUAAUGUUUAGACAAUUCGCCGCAAAGGAUGUACACAAUACUGCUGUUGACACUAUCAAUGAAGAUCUUGAAAUGGCGAUUACAGGUCAGUCACAAAGCUUCAGAGCGUCCACCUCAUUAAUGUCUAAACUGAGAAAAGUGGUUCCCCUCACAGGAUUUUCAGACCCAGUCUAUGCAGAAGCCUACAUUACUAACCAUCAAUUUGACGUCGUGAUCGAUGUGCUACUGGUCAAUCAGACUAAAGAAACGUUGAAGAACUUGCACGUCCAGUUCGCCACAUUAGGGGAUUUAAAGAUCAUAGACAAUCCACCAAGCACCAAUGUUGUUGCCCAUGGCUUCCAUAAGUUGACAGUCACUGUUAAAGUAUCUUCUGCCGAUACAGGUGUCAUUUUUGGCAAUAUCAUUUAUGAUGGUGGACAUGGUGAGGAUUCUCGAUAUGUCAUUAUGAAUGACAUUCACGUUGAUAUAAUGGACUACAUUAAGCCGGCUAAAACGGACGAAGCGACGUUCCGCAAAAUGUGGAAUGCAUUUGAGUGGGAAAAUAAGAUCACGGUGAAGUCUAAGCUCCCAACGUUGCACGCGUACCUUGACGAACUGGUGAAGGGUACCAAGAUGGGAAUCCUAACUACCGAAGAAGCUCUAGGCGAGAAAGACUGCAGAUUUUUGAGCUGCAACCUAUAUUCUAAGUCUACGUUUGGAGAGGAUGCGUUAGCCAAUUUGUGCAUUGAGAAAGAUCCCGUGUCUGGCGACGUUGUUGGCAAUGUUCGUAUUCGUUCCAAGGGUCAAGGAUUAGCUCUUUCGUUGGGAGACAGAGUGGCAUUGAUAGCCAGACAGGUGAACAAGGUAAAAUUGAAUCACGUUUAG